CACCCUUACUACCCAUUGGAUGCCAACAUUGUCGGUUAUGUGGCCAAUGAAUCCACUGUCCUGUCGCUUCUAGGCUCCUUUGUUGCUGGCUGUGUCGCGAUCUUUGGUUUGACCUACCUGGCCGUCAAGAAGGUCAAUCCAAGGCUACCUACCACCGAACUGAUGACGGUCAUGUGGUUUGUUCUGUGUGGAUGUAUACACUUCUUCUUCGAAGGUUAUUUUGCGUAUAACCAUGCCAAUAUGGGUGGACUGCAGACAUUCUUUGGGCAGCUCUGGAAAGAGUAUGCACUGUCAGAUUCCCGGUAUCUGACUCAAAACGUAUUCGUUUUUUGUGUUGAGGCUAUGACCGCUGUACUCUGGGGCCCACUAAGUUUCUUGGUUGCAGUGCUGAUUGCGAUCGAGCAUCCGCUAAGGCACCCAAUGCAAGCUGCGGUGAGUCUUGGGCAAUGCUACGGCGAUCUCCUCUACUACGCUACAAGCAUGGCCGACCACUUCUAUCUGGGCAUUGAGUAUUCAAGACCGGAGGCCUACUAUUUCUGGGGAUACUACUUUGGAGCCAAUUUCUUCUGGAUCGUGAUCCCAGCAGACGACCGUGACACCGGCAAACAAACCGGUCUCUACGACACUGAUAAGAUUCGCCAAAGAGUGCAGAGAUGGCAGGCCGACAGUGCUGGAGCUGCAACUCCACGAGGAUUGGAUGCAGAUCGGCAAGCAUGGAUCCGCAAGAAAGGCUCUCAACGAACUGAUUUGGACACCGACAUCAAACAUGCUGGUGCGCCCCUGAAACGUGUAGUCAGUGAUGCUCAUUGGCGCAAGGACCGUUCGCCUACAAAGACACCUGAAAGUGCGCCUAAAGUGGAGCCAAAGCCAUACACAAUCAAAAGAACUACAGUAUACAAGAGUGAAGAUCCUCCAAAACCAAAGAAAGACGACGAUGGUAUCAGAGUCAGGCCGAUGAAAGAGAACGACGACGGAAUCCGGAUCAUACCAAUAGAUGACACUUCUCCGACGCAGCAUAAAUCGCAUAAGAACAGGAACGACAGCGAUCGACCUCGCAGCUCAGGAACGCCAGAACAGCGCACUCCAGAACAUCAACUUGAGUCAAGAAGCGCAAGGGAGCCCGUAAAAGAGAGGAAGGACAGGAGAAGCGCUCGCGAAGUCAGUCGCGAUAACUCGGAUCGUAGACGGAGAUUACGUCGCCGCCAUGCUUCACCAGUAGCUUCCGAAGCAGAGACAGAGGGUAGAUCGAUCGCACAGACACUAGACCCGGAUGACAGUAUCAGUAUUCGUAAUGCUCCCUCUCGGAAGUCACGAGGGAUUUCAUCCACUGUACACGAGACUAAGAAAGACAAUUCGGCUGGUCAAUCUAGAAUGCCCGAGACUAACAAGAUGUCCGCACCUAAUGCAAAUACCACCGCAGCACCAACAUACGGAAACCGUAUUGAAGCAUGGCUUGGAGGAACUCCCGAUCCCUUCGUCGCUGACGGAUCUCAGCAACAAAGUCACGGUCACAAGGAACCUGCAGCAUGUAAAGCCCGAUCUAAGCGACAAUCAAACAUGAAUGGCAUAGACAGACGAAACACCUCUGAUAUGGACAAGGGUGACGAAGUGCGCGCUGGCUACGGCCUAUCGAGAUCUUCUCCAGGCGAACCAAGCUCGAGGCCGAGAGAGGUGUUAGAGACUAUUUCUGAGUCUAGAUCAUCAACCUUCGAGGACGGAAACUCUUCUUACGCCACGUCGUCCGUGCCAUCUGAUAUCGAUCUUCCCGAUGUCCAGACUAGCAAACACACACCAGGAGCGAACCUUCGAAGGCGAUUUCCUACGACAGGAAAACGACUGUCAACCAUCGCUUCGGCAGAGACACUGCAAGAGCCUGCAGCUCCAUCUGAGAUUUCUGAGCAAGAUACUAUCGUGCCCGAGCAUCUAAGAUCCUUGAGUAGCGCGAACGGCCUCAGGCGGAGAUUGACUCGUCACGAAGAUCUGAUGUCUGUGUUAUCGCUGCCUAUAGCUGAUUCUAAGAGCAUUGUCUCAGCACGCAGCAUACGAACCAACCGAACGAGGCUCGAGAAAGCCACCCUCCAAGAUCUCUGGAACGAGUUUACGGCUGACGAAAUCAAAUACCAGCGAGAGCUUCGCACCUUGGUAGAUGGAGUUAUCCCAGUGUUACUGUCCUGCGUGCUCUCGAAGUCAGACUCAGCGAUCGCUGUUGGUCUCUUUGGCCGUUCUGCUAACGAUGAUGUGGCUAUCACCAAGCCUAUCGUCGAUAUGGGCGUUGCUCUAGAGCGUCUGAAAGCACACCAUCGUCGAGCCCCUAAGAGUGAUAACAACACACUGCUAUCCUGGGCUCAAGGAGCGAUUCGAAUCUACCAUGAUUACCUGAAGGCAUGGCGGAUGGGAUUUCAGGAUGUCGUGGUAAAUCUAGCACCUGCUGAUGCCAAUACUAGCACCAGAUGGGAUGAUGGGUUGCUCAGGAAUGAGGACGGCGAUUUGGUCAAUGGUGACGGUGAAAGGGUUGAUGUUGCUUUCUUGCUCAAAAGACCCUUGGUGCGCUUGAAAUAUCUUGCCAAAACCUUCAAAGGUAUCAACAUCCUCGCACCAUCAGCCUUAGCAGGUUCUCUGGCCGAGAAAUACCAGGGGUUGGUUACUGAAGCCCGCAGAAGAUCUAACGAAGAACGAGCUCGCUUGGAGGAUGAGGCGGCUGCAGCUAUCGACCCAACUCGUGCCAGAGAUCCUCGAAGCUUGGGCUUGCUUAAAGGAGUCAGCAUUAACGCAACUCGAUGUGUUCAUGCCAGAGACUACUUCGACAUGAACAUCAUUCACUCAAGCGGUCAACAGUUGGAUUGCAGGGUCGAGCUCAUCAUUCGAGACGAUUGCCCUGGUCGAGGAGAUGGCGGCGAUGUCCUUGUCUGCGAAGUAUCCGAUACAGGUCGCUGGUUACUUUUUCCACCUCUAAGCAGAGACUCUGUCUCCGCAAGAUCUGGCAAUGGACCAGGAGACGUAGUCAUGAUGAUACGAGGUCUAUACGCCGAUAAAAAAGAGUGGCAUGAGCUUCUCUCAUUGCGUGCCAGUGAUGAAGCUACUGGGCCUGAAUGGGUGGAGAUGCUUGGACUCAAUCCUGUUCCUCCUUCUUUGGCGAGGCAAUCUAGCUUCCUCACCAAAGCUCAGACUCCAUCUCGCCGUCGGUCGCAAGGGCUCGCGUCACCUACUGGUAGUCCUACAUACACCAAAGAGAUCGAGAUUCCAAUUGGAGAAAGACCUGGCUCGUCCAGGAGCUGGAUCUCGGACCACAGCGGACAAGGAAAGCCCGUCGCCAAUCUUGAGAGUGGCAGACUGUCCAAUAUUACCAUGCCGACUUCUCUUGACAAGGUGUCGCAGGCAGAAAUGUCUGCAGGGGACUCGCCAGGUCUACGACGAUCAAGGGCGACGCGCCAUAAGUCGUCACCACCUAUGUCACCUAGCUCAUCUCGCUCCUCGUUACAAUAUCCCACGAACACAAGAGCAUAUCCAGAACGUCCUACACAUCACAUGUCAAGGACGGAGACCGGAACCACCUUGAGCUCAUACUCAAGUCAGUCCACUCUGUCCCAGUCGAAAAAAGAAUAUAGCGUCUGGAUGCCUUCAUCUACAAUUUCAUCCGAUGAAUCUGAAGAAGAGAGGGAGGAGGAAGACAGCUACGGAACCCCGCCGAUCAUAGCACGCCCGCAAGUUCACCGUAGGACAUCAUCCCUACCUGUGGUCGAGCCUCUUCGUGCCCCGAAUUUGCGACAAAGGAGCGAACCAAAUUCGCCCAUUCAACCCGUGGAAAUUUUCGACCUCCCAGAUCGUACUCAACACGAAGAAGCAGUAGAGCCUUCGUCAGCACCUGCGAAGCUACAGAAGCGUCGGCCUAGUGUGAAGGGUGUCAGCUUUGAUGACAUUCUUGGGGAUGCUUCUAGCAAAGACAAGGACUUGCCUCCUCCAAAGCCGAAACGAUUCAGCAUUCCUUCCUUCACUCCGAACUUUUUGAAGAGGCAUCGCAGGUCAUCAUCGCCUCUCAAACACGAAUACGAACCAUCAAUCAGCAGUGAGUCUUCGACGGAGAGUGAUUUGUCCUAUUCUGAGGAUGACGACGAAUCGAUUACAUCCGAUUCAUCUGAAGAAGCUGUGGGAGGAGCAAAAAACGUGGUGCCGCUUGAUUUGCCUUUGGUUGAUGGAAAGGCAAAAGCCACUCCGCCAGAAUCGCUUGCUUCUCUGCCUACUGCCACACUCGGUCCAUCAAACUCUGCCUCGCAAGCUCCAUAUCGGACCGUCCCUCAUCAAACGACACAGGCUUCGAAGAUUGUUGCUUCCAUUUAUUCAUGGUCGGACCGAGGUGCAUGGGAGCUUCUGCACCCUAGUGAGUGUGUCGUUCUUGUCACGCCUGGGCUGAUUGAAGCUUUCGACAUUGAAGAAGCGAUUCCAGAUGGCAGUGAUAUGACAAGUCCUUCUGCUAGGGGCGUUCAACCUCUGAUAGCGUUCGAAGUCACGCCCCUUGUUCCUUUGCGGCGGGGCACAGCGCUUGAUAUCUCCAUCAGAUCACCUCCUACUGCUAGUUCCUUGCUUCGUGCAAGCAACAAUGUCAUGUUCCGCUCCCGUAGCGCUGAAGAAUGCGACAUGCUGUAUUCUUUCAUCAACACUGCUCGGAUUAACAAUCCUACAUACAUUGCUCUACAACAUGCUAGAGGUCCAGCCAACGAGAGUGCAUGGUCUGCAGCCAUGAAUCGAGACAACAACCAAAAGUCUGCGAGCGGUUCAUGGUUUCAUAAUCCACUCCGCAGGAGCAAUACAUAUCGAUCAAAGACCUCUCGAGCACCAUCUGAGGUGACUGACUCUUCUGUCGGUACAAUGAAUACUGCCUUCUCUGCUUUGCGCCGAUUCAAUGGUAACAGCCGACUCUUCAACAUUGCCAAGAGUACCAUCACAUCUCGUCAAGGCAGUCGCACUGGCACAAGCGAGUCACUUUCUUCUGGAGCAUCAACGCCGAUUGUCUACGAUUCAUCGCAAGGAACGCCCCUUGGUAUCACAAAUGCCAAAAUCCGAUUGUACAUUCGUGAGUCGCAGAACAAAUGGAGAGAUAUGGGCUCAGCGCGGUUGUCGAUUCUGCUUCCUCCACGACCAUCUUCCGGAGUGCCACCAAGCCCUCGGUCUAUUGGUUUGGAGAAACGUAUCCUAAUUAGUGGUAAGACUAGAGGCGAAACACUGUUGGACGUCACUCUAGGUGAGAGUUGCUUUGAGAGGGUCGCCAGGACAGGCAUCGCAGUCAGUGUCUGGGAAGAUAGAAAUGGUCCGGUCACCUCAGGCGGCGUUCUUGCUUCAAAAGCAAACACGUAUAUGAUUCAGCACAAAACGGAACGCGAAUGUGCAUACACUUUUGGCCUUGUUGGCAAACUGAGAUACUGA